GACACCACGUAUGCCACACACACCCCGUCUUCAUAGAGAGAAAAUCGACCGCACAGCCAUUUAUUUCUUCCAGCAUUCUUCCUGAAAUAGACAAGCCUACUGGUUUGCGAAGGAUCCAUUUCUCAGACAUCUGCUAACCCUGUCCCACCCUUAUGGAUCCUGGUGAGAGUGAUCUUGAUUCAAGUUUUCCCCAGACAGAGAAUCCCUGUCUUAUAGUCGAGGACUCUCAGCCUGACAGCGUGGCCCUGGAGGACGACCCUGACACCAGCUACUGUGCUAUUCUCGCCCGUCGCCUCUCCAACCUUCAGCCAACAUCUCACAGCCCUGUGCUGGAGCUGAUUUCUUCCCCUACUAAAACACAUUGUGUGCAAACUGACAGUCAGAUUGAUAAGAGCGACAAUACAGCCAACUCGGAUCAUUUGCAGUCCAGCCAGGAUCCCGCAGCUACAGAGAAUAGUCUAGUUUUUGAAGUUAGCUUUCCAAAAAGAGGUGUUAAAGAGCACAUGGAGUCUGAAGCCAAUUCCACUGCACACUGCACAGAGACACGUGAGGAGAUGUCUCGGUUUGGUCUCCUGGAGCUGUCAGAGACCCAGGGUGUCAUUGAUGAGAAAGAUGAGCUUGAUGGAGUUCCUGCCAAUCAGAGAGACAGUCAGAAACCUGCCAGCCAAAGUGGUUUGAAGAGUUCAGAAAGGACAUCGGGCUGUCAGGAUGAAAAUUCUGGAGGUAGGUCAGAGGUCAGUUCAAGCAGCCUUUCAAGGCCUCAGGACGGGGAAGGCAGGAAGCUCAGUGUUCAGGCCAUUCUGCACUCUCAAGUACCGGACAGUCAAGAGGAUGAAGAUGAUGAGAUAAUUUCCUCUCAGGAUGACCUGUUUGAAAAUGAUAGAAAUGGCACUAGGGCAGAAAGCAGCAUUUCACAGCUUGACAAGGAACACAUGCCAACAUCCACUCCUGCACAUACUCUUCGCCUGCUUCACCUGUCUGGUCAGGGAACACUUGUGCAGGAGAGUAUUUCACAGCAAUCUGUUGACUUUGUGGCGGCCACUCAAGACAAUUUAAGCCAGACACCUUACAUUGUCCCAAAUUCACCCACAGAAAAAGAGCAGAAUUAUAAUGAAGCUGCUGAAUCCCCAAUGGACACAUCUGGCCCCCCUGAGGACCUUCCACAAAGGAGAGAGGAGGAGCCAAUGGACAUGGACCCCUGUCCCAAACCACAACCCACAGCCUCUACCCCAGUGUCCCAAAAUUCCCCUGUAUUCGUUCUGGAGAAAAGCCUCUCUGUGCCUAGCCAGCCUGAAUUCUCACAUGACGUGUUUAUUUCCACUCCCAGCCUUGACCCUGGGAACAAUAGUCAGGGGACAGAGGCCCCAAAUAACAAGUUGCUUCACCAGAACAGUGCAUUAGGAACAGAGUCAAGAUUCCCCAAGCAGACUGACCCACCAGAGAAGCUAACAAAACCUUCAAGUAGCUCUUCACAGCCCUCAGAGGUUGCUGAGUGUUUUCAGUUGGAACUUAGCAGUGAAAACAAUUAUUCUCAGAAAACUCAAGCAUUCAUUGUUGAGGAGGAUAGCCAAGCCACGCAGAUUGAGGAAGAGAAAGCAACUCUCGAUGUUGAUAAGAGUGGCCUUAAACACCAUUCCCAAAAAAACAGUAAGAAUGGCAUGGGGCCAGAGCCUGGUAAAACGUCAAAUUCACAAAAUAACUCCGAGGUGCCUGACUCCAAAUGUACAAGUGCUUUACCAGAAGGGGCAGAAGACUGUACCUCUCAAAAGCUGCAUUCUCAGUCUGUUAUUGGAGGGAGCCAAAGUAAAGUAGCUUUCGGUGCCACUCAGUCCCAGCGACCUGUCAGUACUGGGUGUGUUUCAGACACCCCUUCAUCACCACAGAAGAGUAAAACUGUAGAUCUGACGGUCACCAGCUCUUCACAAGCCUCACAGCCAGAGGGGAAACCUGUGAGCUGCACUCCCAUCCCAGUCACCACACAGUCUCAGUCUCAAUCUUUCCUGACUGUGUCCUCUCCAAAGAACACUGAGAAUGCAAAAGGUCUAAGUCAAAGCCAGAAACUCAGCCAGCCUAUUAUUCACAGUGUUAUUACAGACAGCAUUAGAAAUACUGAAGAGGGGGAGCAGAUGGAUGAAGGUGACAUCCAGAGUACAGAGAGGGAUGAAGACACAGGACUCAACCUGGCCUUGUCUCAGAGCCAAGUACUUUCUCCAAAGCCCAUAGAAGAUGAGGAGGUUGUGGAGCAGGAGGAGAGAUCCCAGUGUGAACCCAUCAAAGAUCACCACUCCUCCAGCAAAGAGGAGAGCUUCAGUGUCAUGGUGCUUGAGGAGAGCCAGAGGGUCUCUCAGGAAAGAGUAAAGAAUGGAAGGUCACAGCCAUUCAUAAGCUCCUUGCAGCCUGUGAAGAGCUCCAUGCUGGACAAACGUGAGCCCACUACAAAGAUCUCAGGGUCUCAGCCAGUGAGAUCAACUGAGGUCUCACCUUUACAGCUUGAGAAAGCGAAGUCACAGAGCAUAAAGCCCACAGAUGCAGGACAGCACAAAGACCCUGAGAGAAUGAACUCGGACAAUGAUGCCAACAAAAGUCUAAGCGACAGUUCUGGAGAGCUUCCGUUUCACUUUACUUUGCCCAAAGAGGGCGAGCUGAUCCACCCAGCUGUGAGUGCAACUCCUCUACAAAUUAGUCAGCUGAAAAAGACACCAAGACACAGCACUCCGAUUGAGAUGACCUCGUUCUCAGAGCCGUCAGAGGGUGAUGUUACCAGGGAGACGACCAUGGCAGCCAGUGAGAUUUCGGUGGAGGAGAGCAGAGAGGGCGAGGUGCCAGUAACUGUGGAUGGAGAUGGGAAACUGAGUCUCAGGAUGAAACUGGUUACUCCUGUGGAGGAGGGCAGCUCGGGCUCUGAACAUUUCAGUUUGCAGAAACCACCAUUAAUGGAUGAAGAAGGCUCUGUCUCCAAGGCUACUACUGUUGCCAUGGCUGUAACCAGUCCGUCUGUGUUUAGCCGUGUGCGGGAGGCCCACAGGCAGGUCCAGGUGGAGGAUGAUGUGGAGUCCAGUGAUCUUCCUCUCAGCAGGCAACAAAGCCAGCCAUUCAACUGUUCCCUUAAAACUGACUCAGCACUGUCUCCCAAUCGCUCGAGAGGAACAGUGGGCAGCAGAACCUCAGGCAGAGUCAGUGAAGCCAUACCGCAUCAGUCUCUGCAUCCUGGUGGUUCUGAAGCACACUCUGAGCCACUGGUCAGUGGCCUGUCCUCCCCUAACAAAGAACAAGAGGUCCCCAGCACUUCCGAAAUGCCGUCUCCCAGAACCCCUUUCAAACAGAGAGCUGUGUCUCAACAAACUAGCGUGGAUAUCACCUCAACUACCAGCCCACCCAGCAAAAGAGCUGUGUCUCAGCAGACUAGUUUUGAUCUGUCUGGACCACACAACCUGUCUGGCAGGGGAGAACAAAGCACACCCACCAGAACCCAGCCAGGUCCGUCAAUGCGCAGACAUGUUCGCACCAUCCAAGAGGUCCGCACAACUGUCACUCGCAUCAUUACAGAUGUCUACUAUGAAAACGGCAGAGAGGUUGACCGCAAGGUUACCCAGGAGUCUGAGGACCCCAUGGUGGACCGCUGCGUUGUGGAUAAUGACAUGUCCCCAUCCCGCACAGGGAGCUCCAUGACAUCAGGAGACCUGGCUGAUGUCAGUUCACUCUCCUCUAAGGCCCCGUCACACCACAGCUCCAGUGGGACAAGCAGUGGGGGCCUGGGCCCCAUCAGAAUGCCUGAUUUUAUCAUGCCACCCAGCCGAGGGGCCAAGUCUGGCAGGCGGUGGGGAUGGCAGCAGCCGAGGACCCAGAAUGCAGUGGUGGGGUCAGAGGUGACGGAUGCACGGGGGUCUCGGGUCACUACCCAGCUGAGCCCCCGUGGCCGUGCCCGGCGAGGAAGGCCUCCUUCCCGCAGCCCGCUGUCCAGAGGUGGCAGGAUAGGGCAGAGAGGUGGAGCCCAUGGCCAGACUGUAUCAUCCUCAGAGGAGGAGGCCUUUGCCCAAAGACAUGCUGGAGCAUCAGGCAGUCCAGCAGAACCCAGCACUACGGGCCGCUCCGAUUCCCUCAACACCACCUCACCUGACAACAGUACUGGAACCAGCAGUUUUGUUGGGUUGCGUGUACUGGCCAAGUGGUCUUCCAAUUCAUACUUCUAUUCUGGGAGUAUUACCCGAGACCUAGGCGAAAACCAUUUCCGCCUUCUAUUCGAUGACAACCAAGAAUGUGAAGUACAAGGAAAGGAUAUCUUGCUCUGUGACCCCAUUCCUCUGGAGACAGAGGUCACAGCCCUGACUGAGGAGGAGUUCUUUAAUAUAGGUGUAGUGAAGGGGCAUAAGACACAAGGCUCUGAUUUCCUGUACUGCAUAGAGAAAGAUGGUCAGAGUAUGUGGUACAACAGAACAUCUGUGAUUCUCAGCAUGGAGCAAGGCAACCGGUUGAGGGAGCAGUAUGGACUGGGGCCUUACGAACCUUCUACACCCCAAACCAUGGCAUCUGACAUCAGCCUCGAUAACCUGGUAGAAGGAAAAAGGAGGCGCAGAGGGAACCCCAGUGGAACAGGCACCCCUAACCGCAGCUCCAGCAACAGCCCGAGAACCCCAGGGCCUUCUGGGAAACGAAAACUCAUCAGCGGCUCUGAGGAUGAAAGGACUCCUGCGAAGAGAGGACGCAGGGGGGGAGGGGCCAGAGUGGGGCAGCGGACAGCAGCUUGCAACACAUCUGGGAGCGGAAUAGACUUGCCAUCUGACCCUAAUGACCUGGUGGCAACACAUGGCCCUCUUCCUGAGAACUCUUCCCUUUUUAUGGGCUUUGUGUUUUUGCUGACAGCAUCCUCUGAAAGCGAAAGAGAGUCUAACCUGCAGAGCAGCGAUGAUGAUGAAGAAUAUGUGCAGAGAGCUCCAUAUAACAAAGAAUAUACGGUGAGGCAGCUGGAGGCGGGAGGAGGAAUGAUUCUGCCUGACUUUAAUGAAGAACAGUGUAAAGCAGCCUAUCAGAGCUUGCUGAUUGCUGACCAGCACUGUCGUACCAGGAAGUACCUGAUGUGUGUGGCAGGUGGUGUUCCCUGUGUGUCUCAGAUCUGGGUGAGAGACUGCUGCCAGGAGAAGAAGCUGCUAAACUACAGGAACUAUCUGCUGCCUGCUGGUCAGGGGCCAGAGGGACGCAUUGUAGAGUGGCAUCCUCGUUGUAACCCUUUUAACGCCUUAAAGAUACUGCUCAUAUUAGAGGAUCGAGUUGAUUUGUGGACUUCUUUGCUUUCCAUGGGUGGAGUGGCGAAAGUUCAUCACCAUAAAGAAAACCAAGACAUUUCUCACAUUCCAGCUGUCAAGUUUGACCUGGCAGUGACUGCAUCUCCUUGUGAGGUACUGAAACAUGUGGCCAAGGACAUUCCUGUCGUGUCUCUGGAGUGGCUGAUCCAGAGUCUGAUUUGUGGGAAGUGCCUCGGCUAUGACAGUAAUUCUGAAUUUUGUCACAAUCUGUCUACAUAAAUCACCCCUCUGGUGUCUUCUCACUUGUCUUUUUAACCGUCCUCCGUGUUUUAGUGCAUGCAAAUUACUGUAUAUAGUUUUUAUUCAAUUAAAAAAAAUUG